AUGCAGUGUUUCGUGAAGACGUUUCUCUGCUGCGUCGUCGUCAGCGUCGGCGUCACGGCGCUGUUGUGCUCGUACAUUUACAUCGAGUUUCAGCUUCAGCUGCCCAGCUGGCCCGCGGUGCAUUUUGGCUCUCACGCAAACACAGGGCAUCAGUUACUUGCUGCUACCAGCUCGGUUCCAGCGGGGUUCAAGAUCAUCACUUUCGGAUCGUCGUAUUUCUCGCACGACGAAUGGCCGAUUCUAAACCAAACCGAACAAUUCAGCCACUGUCCAACCCGCGCCUGCUUCAUCUUCUCGCAAUCGUACUACUACGAGCAUCAAUGGCUGCGUGACACCGCAGAUGCCGUCGUCUUUCAUCCAAGAGAUCCGUUACUCUCGAAAAAAUUUCAUUGGCUGUCCGGUAGGGCGCGCCCGCAGCGGCAGCGAUGGAUCACGCACAUACAGGAGUCUCCCUUGAACAUCGAUGGAGCGACGUCGCGACUUCGUCUCGUGUGCAACUGGACGAUGAGUUACCGUAGCGAUGCGGAUAUCUACGCUCCGUACGGACAAUUCUACUUCAACGCAAAUGCGUCAUCGUCUUCAGUAGACAGUGUUAGACCAG